AACACACAACACUGUCUUUCAGUCAUCGAAGAAGAGUUCCUGUACACGAAAACGAAUAAAAGUGCCAAAAUGGGAAAUGGAUCGAUGAAGCUGAACCCUCUUAAGCAGGUCAGUGGCUCCGCCAAAUCCAAAAACAAUGGAGAAUCAAGCUCGGUUUCUCAAGUUCUCAGAGUUAGAGUGGAAGAAUUGGAGAGUCAACUAAAGAAGAAGGAUGAAGACUUGAAUGCCAAAGAGCUUCAGAUCAAACAUCUAGAGGAGCAGCUGGCCCUGCAGAGACAGACCAUCUCAGAGAUCUCUGACACCUUGAGGAACAAGUGUCUACAGCUCAGCAAGCUCCAGGAUGCACUGAAGAAUCAAGGGGAGUUAGGUCUUCUGCCAUCACCUAUCAAAGAAAAGGUCAGUCAGUGUCUCACUGGCCUGCUCAGAGAUACCCUCAACAGGAGGAAAGGAGCAAAAGCUGGAGUUUCUGCAGAACCUUCAUCUAGAACAUAUGAUUCCAGUGGUAUCCCAAAGUUCUACUUUGAGAGUGCACGAGUCUGGAAAGAACAAAGUAUAAAGAAGCUCCUCACAGAUGCUUUGAAUAAGAACCAGUAUCUGAGAAGACUUGAAGUGCAACAGGUCAAAGACAUGGUGGAGUGCAUGUAUGAGAGGACGUACCAUCAGGGAGAAUACGUCAUUAAACAAGGAGAGCAGGGAAACCACCUGUUUGUGCUUGCAGAUGGCAAACUAGACGUCUUCCAGCACAGCAAGCUGCUCACAUCGAUAGCAGUCUGGACCACAUUUGGUGAAUUAGCCAUCUUGUACAAUUGCACCAGGACUGCCUCAGUCAAAGCUGCCAGCAAUGUGAAGACAUGGGCCCUCGAUCGAGAAGUCUUUCACAACAUCAUGCGGAUGACUGCCGAGGCUCGACACGAGCAAUACCGCAACUUCCUGAGGAGUGUUUCACUUCUUGCCAGUCUACCUGGGGACAAACUAACUAAGAUUGUGGACUGCUUAGAGGUGGAGUAUUAUAAUAAAGGAGACUACAUCAUCCGAGAAGGAGAAGAAGGAAACACCUUUUACAUAAUUGCCAAUGGAAAGAUUCAAGUCACACAGAGCACACAGGAUCAUGAAGAGCCUCAGAUCAUCAACACCUUGGGGAAAGGGGAUUAUUUCGGAGAGAAGGCCCUCAUCAGCGAUGAUGUCAGAUCUGCGAACAUAAUCGCAGACGAGGAUGGUGUGGAAUGCCUUGUCAUUGAUCGCGAAACCUUCACUCAGACUGUUGGGACUUUUGAUGAGCUUAAAAAGUACCUCCAGAGCUAUGUGGAGAAUUUAACACGGGACGAUAAGAAGAGAAAUGCUAAGAGGUCAGGAAGCUGCACUCCUCCCACCACCCCAGUGUCACAUGACAUGAUAGAGCUGAAAGAGCGAGAGAGCAACUUUGCAUCCACUAUAUCCUUCAGCUGCCUCGAGGUUAUUUCCACGCUGGGAGUUGGAGGCUUUGGCAGAGUUGAACUGGUCAAAGUGAAAAAUGAGAAUGCGACGUUUGCUCUGAAAUGCAUCAAGAAACGGCACAUCGUGGAUAACAGACAGGAAGAACACAUUUACUCCGAGAGGAGGAUCUUGCUUGAGACCAACUCUCCUUUCAUUGUGAAGAUGUACCGCACUUUCAAAGACAGCAAGUAUGUGUACAUGCUGUUGGAGGCAUGUUUGGGUGGAGAGAUCUGGAGUCUUCUUAGAGACAGAGGGAGUUUCGAUGAAUACACUGCCAAGUUCUGUGUGGGCUGCGUAACAGAGGCCUUUGACUACCUACACAACAAUGGCAUCAUAUACAGAGACCUGAAGCCUGAGAAUCUCAUGCUGGACACAGAUGGAUACAUCAAGCUGGUGGAUUUUGGCUUUGCUAAGAAGCUCAAGUGUGGCCAGAGUACCUGGACGUUCUGUGGGACUCCAGAGUAUGCUGCGCCUGAGAUCAUUCUCAAUAAAGGUCACGGUCUCAGUGUGGACUUCUGGUCUCUUGGAAUCCUGAUCUUUGAACUUCUCACAGGAAGCCCCCCCUUUACUGGCUCAGAUCAGAUGAUUAUAUACACAUUAAUUCUGAAAGGAAUUGAGAAGAUGGACUUGCCUAAAAAGAUCACCAAGAGGCCCGGUGACCUUAUUCGAAAGCUGUGCAGACAAAACCCUUCAGAGCGACUGGGGAAUUUGAAGAAUGGAAUAACUGAUAUUAAAAAACACAGAUGGUUUACAGGAUUUAGCUGGAGUGGUCUGAAAUCCAGAAGUCUGAUAUCACCACUUAAAAGAGAGGUGAAGGGACCCACUGACCACAGUUACUUUGACAGUUAUCCUCCUGAAGAUGAAAUCCCUCCAGAUGAAACGUCGGGUUGGGACACAGACUUCUAACUGACCUCUCAGUGCACCCAUGUGUUCAAACAGUGUGAGUUAAACAAAACUCUUCUCCAACAUGCCAGCCUUUCUUCCAAGGAACCUCAGACCAUUAAGUCACCAGAAGCAGUGUAUGUGCCACAACAAUGGACUCGUUGACCGGAGACUGCUGUUAGUGCUGUGGGAGGACAGACAUAAGAAGGGAAUUGUUUCACUGGGAAAUAUACUCAUACAUUGUGAAGAUAAACGUUGCUGUAUUUGACUGAGAUGUCAGAGCAGGAUCAGUUUGUGAGAAUGAUGUAGCCAGGGCAUCAACCACUGGUAAUAUUUACCUUUAGAAGUGCAGAAGGGUUAGUGGUUUGUCACGAAGGUGAGAUGUUCCUGGUGAUGUCACAUAUUUGAGCUCCUGAAGGUAAUAACCACCUGUGACUGUGAAUGCCACUGAUGAAGUUUCAAAGGUUAACCUCAGCGGGUGACUGGCACAAUUCAAGCAGAGAUAUGUGAAGAGUAUUUUUAGUGAGUUUUCCUAGAGUUUGAGUAUUUCAGGUGACUGUAACUUCUGCACCUGAGCCAAAUAUGUUUGUGCUGAUGUAAUGCUUGGUGCUUGCUUAAUUUAUCCUUGUGAAUAGGAAAAAUGUUUCAUUUUUAGUGUGAGAAUUAAAAUCUUUAUUUAGUCAUUCUACAAGCUAUUUUGCAAUAAUUGUAAAUAAAAAAAUGUCUGUUGAAAUGUACAAUUUUGUUCCCAGCAGGCGUCAGUGAACUCUAGUGAUUUGUAAGUGAGAAUAUCUAUUAAAUAAUGGAGUUUGAUGUUUGUGUGGUAACUUUCCAGUCCUUAUCGACCCAUUAAGCCAUUUACAUCAAGUUCCAUGAUGCAACAGUCUCAACAUGUUUUUGAUUGCAUAACAAUGCAAUCGAUAUUCAGUAAAGCUGUGCUGGAGUCCUUCAAAUCAUGACAGAUAAACACGUGGCUACAUAAUUCUUAACACUUUAUUGAGUUUUCUUUGAAUGGUCUGCCAAAAGGGCUUCUUUCAACUAAAGAGAUGUGUUACAAAAAUAAGCAUUCGUACUCAUUCGAGUCAUGUGAUUGCUUCCUUUUGCACCCCUGUCUGACCUUUGUGCGGCAAAGCUCCAUGAAUAUUUAAAGAAGCCCCUCUGCGCUUCACAAAAUUAAGAUACAGAAGGCAUCAUACAGAAAAUAAAUAAAUGCUUUUAAAGGUCAUUUCCAUAUACAAAUAUAAUUUCUUAUGAAGCUUAUAGUACAAAGCACAUCCUUUCACCUACAUCCUAACAUUUACAAAACGCACAGUGUGGUGGAAGCCUUCCAAAAAAUAUAUUACACAAAUAUAAAGGCGUGCUUUACAUAGUGUUUCUUGAUGUAUGUGUUAUAUAUUAAGAUAAUAGCCCACUUUAACAUAUAUGUGUACAUUUCUCUGUUGUCUAUAGGUUGAAUUUACAUCAACAAGUAACCCCAGCUUGAAUGCACCCCGUUUCUGAACAUGCAGCUUACGAUAUGACAUUGCUUUACUUCUAUGCUAAUUUCAAAGUAAAAACAGAACAAAAUGUAUCAUUACAGAACAGAUAAUCACAUUUUAUCCAAACAAACUGGUAGACUAAAAAUAUUCUGCCAAAAUAAAACAUUACAUAAGUUACACUCAUCUUUGUGAAAUAGAAAUAUUCUAGUAGAAUAUUUUUAUGUAUGAUGGUAAGGCACUUUAUAUAGGCAUUGUUAUGUUAAAGAGAAACAGGCUUAUUAUAACCUACAUACAAUUUUCUUAAUCAUCUUCCUGAACAUAUCAUCUGAAGCAUUUCUCAGUUUGAGAUCUAUUUGCAGUUUUCAGAGGAACAGCAGACAAGUUUUUCACGUGAAACAGAACGCUUGCGUACUCAUUAUGAAUUUGGCUAAAUGUGAGGAUUCAACUUGUAUUAGUAGGUCAGAUGGAAACAUGAUUGAACAUAUUUACAAAUUGCAAGUAAAAAAAAAAGCCUGACUGAACAAAGUUAAGUUUACAAAACGUGAUGUAACACUAUUACAUGUAAGCUCGUAACAAUGCACAUUUUCAGAGAAAA